AUGACGAACUGCGAACAGCAACAUAAACUACCUAAUGGAAGAAGUUUCCAUCAGUCUAGGCCUGUGGCGAGAGUCUAUCGACCGAAGAAAAAGUCCCCAGAGGAAUCGCCCUACGAAGGACAAAAUCACCGUGCAGGAAAUUCGUACAAAAAGUCUGGGGAUACUACGGAUCGGGCUAGGACGCAAUUUCAAAAAUUUGAAGAGUUGAUGGUGAAGGAAAGCCGAAUCCUGAAAAGAAAACUUAUUGAAGGAACAGAAUUUCAGCAACCUGUAGGAAAGGUAGAUUUGGAGGGAUGGGGCUUGUCAAGUACGGAGGAAUUUAGAAACAAGCUUGCAGAGUUUGAAAAAGUGGUAGCAGAAGCAGGCAGAAGAGCUACUCAUCGAGGCGAAAUCGAUAAAGUCUCAAACCCCUUGUUUUGCAAACUUAAGGACGCAUAUAUCACAAAUAGUCACACAGGGCUGGAAGGAGGAAUCAGACAUGCAUUCACAAGCUUUGCACUCUCGGGAAAAUUCUCUAAAGAAGAUCUUGCAAACCACCAGAGGCUGGCAGACUUUCGUUAUCCGAUUGAAUGGUACCCAGCGACAAGAGCGAUGCAGCGGACUUUCCAUCUACACGUUGGACCAACAAAUUCUGGCAAGACAUAUCAUGCGCUGCAAAAGCUUGAGGCGGCCAAAAGUGGUAUAUAUGCUGGCCCUCUGCGAUUACUGGCCCACGAGGUUUAUACGAGGUUCAAUGCGAAAGGAAUACCAUGUUCUCUCGUCACCGGAGAGGAACGACGUGUGCCCGAGGGUGCGAAGGAUCUCAUGAAGAGUUGUACUGUGGAGAUGAUGCCUCUCAAUACCAAAGUCGAUAUAGCAGUUAUAGACGAGAUUCAGAUGAUCGGAGAUGAGGAACGUGGGUGGGCAUGGACUCAAGCAGUCCUUGGUGUGCAGGCCAAGGAAGUCCACCUUUGUGGCGAAGUCCGAACGACUGACCUAGUAAAACAGUUAUGUGCAAUGACGGGAGAUAAGUUGGUCAUACAUAAUUAUGAGAGACUUGGGAAGCUAGAAGUAAUGAAAAUGAGUCUCGGGGAGGAAAAAUCUUGCAAACGUGGCGGACCUGUCGGCAGAUUAGAGAAGGGAGAUGCUGUCAUCAUGUUUUCGAGGAUGAAGAUUCACGCUAUGAAAAACCAAAUCGAGGCAAAUCACAAAGGCAAACGAUGCGCGAUUGUUUAUGGAUCACUACCCCCCGAGACUCGGGCUCUACAGGCCGCUUUGUUCAAUGACCCGGACAAUGAGUACGAUUUUCUGGUUGCCAGCAAUGCCGUCGGCAUGGGUUUGAAUCUUAGUAUAAAACGCGUCAUUCUUGAAUCUGUCGAGAGGUAUGAUGGCACAGACACAAUAACUCUCCCUCUUUCAGAAAUCAAACAAAUUGCUGGCCGGGCUGGGAGAUAUAAGACGGCCAGAGAUGCCAUUACAGCAGGGCCGAAUGAUCUCACUGAUGGCACCCCAGCUGAAAAAAUGGAGCGUCCCGUUGGUCUUGUCACAACAUUUAGUAAGGCUGAUCAUCAGGUAUUGUUGCGCGCUAUGUCAGGAGAAGCAGCACAAAUGACAACAGCGGGAAUCUUUCCUCCUGCGAGUGUUAUUGAACGCUUCGCUGAGAAUUUCCCUAAAAGUACAAAAUUUAGUUAUAUCAUACUGCGACUAAAUGAAAUUGGUUCUAUAAGCACCCAAUUUCAUCUCUGCAAGCUCAAGGAACAAGUCAAUAUUGCAGAUGUCAUUCAAGAUUUCGACCUUUCUAUUCGGCAACGUCUUAUCUUCAUCGCUGCCCCAGUCGCCUUGCGCGAUGCUGGAGGCAAAAAUGUAUUGAAAGCAUUUGCUGGCUGUGUAGCCAACAAUACCGGUGGUCACAUUCUUGAUAUACUAGAAUCUAACCUCAAACUGCUAGACGAGGAUCCCGAUACAUUUGAUCACCAAACGCAAAGAGAAAGAUAUGUACGCAGUAUCGAAUCACUGCAUAAAACCAUUUCGUUGUAUCUCUGGCUAAGCUACAGAUUUACGGGUGUAUUCCACAGUCAGGCCGUAGCAUUCCAUAUUAAGGGACUGGUGGAGGAGAAGAUCGAUGUGUGUUUGGCUAAAGCCGAGUGGCAAGAGAAUGCUAAAAUCAAGGCAAGAAAAACAAACGAGAAGCUCAUAAAGGCUUUGGAUUCGGCGAAAAUUUCUAAGGGGAGAGAUUCAGAGAAUGAUGCUUCAGAGAAUGGUCGUGUAGAGAGAGUACUGGGAGGCAAAAGUUUCGAGAAGGCUGAGACAUCCUCAGGGGUGGAGGUGGAUAGAAUUUCGGUGUAA